AUGACGUGUCCCAAAGCUCUCACCCCGCCUCAAAAGCGCGCUGCGCUAGCUUCCACCGACGCACCAGAUACCAAUAAGCAGCGUACUUUGGAAACUCGUGAGCCGGAACCUUCUCAUCACCCGGCCGUAGACAACGAAAUUACCGAGCGUAACGUCGCAAAUUCUCCGCUCCUUCGUCUUCCCGCGGAACUUCGCAAUAUGAUAUACGGCCGCGUUUUCGACAACAUUACCUACAACCUGUAUAUGCCGUACGGAGACUACCCAUUGUGCGAAAGCUCAUUCCAAGAGGCAGGCAUGGGGCUGAUUCUGGUAUCCCGUCAAGUCCAUGACGAGACCGCCUAUCUUCCUUACGAGCUCAGCGCAUUUGAUUUUCUGGUCUACGACGCCAACAAGAGUCGAUGGAAGUCCGAUGUGAGCAAGUUCCUCGCUAAGCGUUCCGAAGAACAGAUCAAAGCUAUGUCUUGUCUGAUGCUACGCCGUUACUCCCAUGAAGAACAGGCAUUUGCGAUGGGGACUGGGUUAUACUGGGUCAAGAGGCUGAAGAUUUAG